AUGAUAUCUUUUACUAGAGCAGUUCACCUCUUACCGAUCUUUUUUGCUAUGUUGAUCGUCGUCACAAUUCUUACCCCAUAUAUCAUAGCGGUAUCGUUGGAUCAUGUCUACCCGUUUUUGCCGUGCAUAAGUAAAACGGCAGGAUUUGAGCCAGAGGGAUCAAUUUUUGGUUUUCUGAUGUUUUUAGUGGCGUUGAUCGGACUGUUGACGAUCUUUGCUCGAUAUCUUCAACUCAAGGGAUUCAGUCAACAAGCCGGUUUUGAGGCGAAUGUUUUACACAAGGUGAAAUGGUUCAACACAAUUUCCCUGCUAUCUGGUGUUUCAUGUAUCCUUGGCGUUGUUUUGGUGGCAAAUUUUCGUUCUUCUGUACCACAAGUGAGUUCCACGGCUUUCAGAUAAUCUAAUGUCUUGCUGGUGUAUGUACUGUCCCUUAUUCGGGUCUUGAACUCGUUAAUUUGCAGCAUACUGAAGAAUAAUUGACAUAGCAGAAAAAUUUCACGUAAUAUAUCAAACAUGAGAUGCAGUGUUUCAUCUGGUGAUGAAACACUGUGUCGAAUGUUUGAUAUUUCUUCUCAAACAAAAUCAUUUUUGAAGGAGAAAUUAAGGAUGCAAAUACUAAGCAGUGUUUCAUCCGAUUUUCAAACACUCAUUAAACAUUAAUUUCCUUUGUAUUUUCUUAAUGAAUUAUUAAUGAGUUUGAGAAGGACAUAUACCAAUAUAUGGAUAGUUUCACUCUUGUUGUCCGAGCGGUGAUAGGAUAUUUAAUAUACAGUAAAAACCCACGUAUUAGAACCUAGAUUUUUCCAACUUAGCCAAAAUAGUUUGUUAUAGAAAUGGUAUUUAGUGGGAUUUUAGGCUGGUUAGGUUCUUAAAUAGGUUCUUAAUUUGAAAGGGGCACCAUCGAUCAGCACAGAUAACUUCUACAGGGCAUAUGUGAUAUGGAAUAUGUUGCUGUAUCAAAUAAUUAUCUAGCAUACAGUUUAGAUGAUAACCAUGCAGUAAUUUUAUCUUUCCAAAGUACUAGCACGAAAGUCUUUCACGCUGCAGUGUCCAUAAAAUGCUGUGUUACAUUUUGAAUCUUACUGACUGAAACCAAGACUUAAUUUUCUUUUUUCCGGGUGUAUUUUCAUCUCUGCCUUCAUUUUUGUGAAAUGAGAACCUACUGAAAAUCUUAGGCUAAAAAGUUUUUUAUGAAAAGGGGGGUUUAAAAUAAAAAUUUUUGCCUAACGGGUUCUUAAAUUUUAGGUUCCUAUAUGUGGGUUUUUAUACUGUAUAGCAUAUCUUCAGCAUUCAAUCGAUCUUUUUACUCGAAUUUGCAUGAAAUGGCCAGAUUUUGUUGUUUUAUGCCGGAAAAAGCAUAUUUUUCCCAAAAAAGAAAAAAAAAACUUGGCAAUUUGCUUAACCCAUUCGCCCUCAGGGAAUUUUGCCGAGAAACGUGUUUGCAAGCUUGUCGAGCGGUUUCCAGGCUGGUCACUACCUAGCUAUGAAGAACUAAAACUUACCACAAAGCCGUUUACAAGUCGGACGCGUCGCAACCUUCUAACCCAAUGGCGGUUCGGGGGCGAAUAGGUUAAGACAAAAAGAAAUAAGGAAACAAAACAAAAAAAGAAAUAACGAAGUGAAAUCGCAAUUUUUUUUUCACACAAGAUCUAUGUAUCUCCAUAUUACUGGGCAACAAUUUUGUUUGCACAUACAUGUACACGUCCCCUCUGCCUUUAUGGUGUUUUUUUCUUAAAAUUUUUUUUGGCUGUCCCUGGAACAAAAAUAUCAAAUGGCUUAAAUGUCUGCUCAGCAUACAUCAAUGUGAUACUCAAUUUGGAAUUUAGGGACCGGUCAUAAUUUGUCCCCCCCGGGGGAGGGGGACGAGGAGUUUGGGGGGAAUCACACGGUUUUCAAAAGAACAAGGGGGAAGGGUCAGCCCUAAUUGACAGGCACUAAGUGGGGACCAGGAAAAAAAAGGAGAAACUGAAUUAUCUGAGGCGGUGGGAUCAAUUUAUAACUUUUUCGUUGAUCUUGUUCAGACACGAACUAUGAUACAGGAGAUAUAGCGCCUGGAGAGAAUUAAUUGUUUUUAACCUUUCUCCCGGGAGGGACUGAUCUUGGACAAUUAAUACUCCAAAGAACCGAAAAUGUUUGGAAAUAACAGGGGAUAAUUUGUUAUUUCGUUGCUGAAAUAGCUAAAAUGAACUACGUGAACUGAUGUUACUCACUACUUAAAAAAUGGGUUAUCGCUGACAGUCACAAUUCUUUCCUCUUUUUCUGUCGAUUGUCGAUCGGUGCUCGACUGAGCCGAGGAACUUUACUAUCUGAACGGCCUGUAACAAGCUAAUUCGGUAAUAAUGAGGUGUCCUUAUCACUGAAGCUGGUGUCCGUAUAAAGCGGUUUUGACUUAUUUGUUACCUUUUCAACAUUUUCUCUUUAGCCAGUCAAAGCCAUAGACACAGUUCAUAACGCUGGGACUUUAAUGCUCUUUCUUGGCGGAGGUGUAUAUUUCUGGUUUCAAACCCUCAUCAGUUAUCACGGUAUUGCAGUUAAGCUCAAUAGUAAAAGCAUGUUCCUCUUCCGGUUAGCUGUGUCCUGUAUUGUGACCAUCACUGGCGUGGUAUACCCGUUCCUCAAAGAUUUUGCCUACACAAAGUAUAGUGGUAGAGUGCAAUUAAAUUCAGUCACAGCGGCCCACUGGAGUCCAAAUGAAGGUGGGUGGGCAGUACAGGUGGCCAGUAAUGCUGGAGAAUGGAUUGAUUGCCUGUCUUUGGUGAUCUACGCUGCGUCGUUUUACAAAGAGUUUCAGACGUUUUCUUUUGACGUCUCGUAUGUUGAAAACGCUGAACUGGAGAAAGGAUGGAAUGGAAAGUACUCAAAAAUAAGACAAAGCAAAGAAGAAGAAGAAGAAGUUUCGGACGAAUAA